GAAAUCCCUUUGUGCGCUGGCUGCAACCAGCACAUCGUAGACCGAUUCAUCCUGAAGGUGCUGGACCGCCACUGGCACAGCAAGUGCCUGAAAUGCAAUGACUGCCAGAUCCAGCUCGCUGAAAAAUGCUUCAGCCGGGGUGAAAGCGUCUACUGCAAAGAUGAUUUCUUCAAGAGGUUUGGGACAAAAUGUGCGGCCUGCCAACAAGGAAUCCCCCCCACUCAGGUGGUGAGACGAGCUCAGGAGUUUGUGUACCAUCUACACUGCUUUUCCUGCAUCAUCUGCAAAAGGCAGCUGGCAACAGGAGAUGAAUUUUACCUUAUGGAGGAUAGUCGGCUGGUGUGCAAGGCGGACUACGAAACAGCAAAGCAGAGGGAAGCCGAAUCCACAGCCAAAAGGCCAAGGACAACCAUCACUGCCAAGCAGCUGGAGACACUGAAAAAUGCCUAUAACAAUUCUCCGAAGCCAGCUAGACAUGUCAGAGAACAGCUGUCAUCAGAGACGGGGCUGGAUAUGAGGGUGGUGCAGGUGUGGUUCCAGAACAGAAGAGCAAAGGAGAAAAGAUUAAAAAAGGACGCCGGAAGACAAAGAUGGGGGCAAUACUUCAGAAAUAUGAAACGAUCAAGGGGUAACUCCAAAUCUGACAAGGACAGUAUCCAGGAGGAUGGUCCCGACAGUGAUGCUGAGGUCUCUUUUACAGAUGAGCCUGCUUUAUCGGAAAUGAACCACUCCAAUGGGAUUUACAACAGUCUCAAUGAGGCUUCUCCAGUUUUGGGCAGACAGGCUGGAAGCAACGGUGCCUUCUCCCUGGAACAUGGUGGUAUUCCAGCAUCAGACCAGUACCAUGACCUGAGAUCCAACAGCCCCUAUGGAAUCCCACAGUCCCCGGCCUCACUACAGGCUAUGUCAGGCCAUCAGCCACUGAUGUCAAGCUUAGCAUUUCCUGACACAGGUUUAGGUAUCAUGGCUCAAAGCGGGCAAGGGGUGCCUCCAUCCAUGAGGGUUUUAGGGGCAAAUGGACCCAAUUCUGAUCUUUCCACUGGCAGCAGUGGUGGAUACCCGGAUUUCCCUGCCAGUCCGGCUUCUUGGUUAGAUGAAGUUGACCAUGGCCAAUUUUGA